AUGCCUGUCAUGAAAGGGUUGCUUGCGCCUCAGAACACCUUUUUGGAUACAAUAGCAACACGAUUCGACGGAACUCACAGCAACUUUGUUCUGGGAAAUGCUCAGGUAUUGAACGUGUAUCCAAUUGUAUACUGCUCCGAUGGAUUCUGCGAGCUGACUGGCUAUGCACGAGCUGAACUCAUGCAGAAGAGCUGUGCUUGUAAGUUUCUCUAUGGCGUAGAAACGAAUGAAGCCAUGAAAAUUCAGAUCCAAAAAGCGCUGGAUGAGAAACGUGAGUUCAAGACUGAACUGAUCUUCUAUAAGAAGAGUGGUGCAUCGUUUUGGUGUCUGCUCGAUAUUGUCCCAAUUAAGAAUGAAAAAGGAGAAGUCGUGCUGUUCCUGGCUUCACAUAAAGACAUCACUGAUAGCAAGAUCAAGCUGUCACCAGACAACACAAAGGAUCUAGAUGAUGUGGAAAUCUACCAAAACACCAGGCCACCUGGUUUCAACGCCAACAGAAGAAGAAGCAGGGCAGUGUUGUACCACCUGUCAGGACACUUGCAGAAACAGGAUAAGAGCAAGCUCAAGCUCAACAAUAAUGUCUUUGGAGAGAAACCAGCACUUCCAGAAUAUAAAGUUGCAGCUAUUCAGAAAUCCAGGUUCAUUCUACUUCAUUACGGCACCUUCAAAGCUGGAUGGGACUGGCUGAUCCUCUUGGCAACAUUUUACGUUGCAGUCACUGUUCCGUACAACGUCUGCUUCAGCAUCAGCAGAGAUGACCAGUCUGCUGCUUCAAGAAACCCUCCUAGUGUGAGUGACAUCUUUGUGGAGAUCCUCUUCAUGCUCGAUAUCAUGCUGAAUUUUCGGACAACAUAUGUCAGUAAGUCGGGACAGGUUGUCUAUGAUCCUCGCUCAAUCUGUGUGCACUAUGCAACUACCUGGUUCUUCGUGGAUCUUAUAGCUGCACUUCCCUUUGACCUCCUCUACGCAUUCAAUAUCAAUGUGUAUUUUGGUGUUCAUCUACUGAAAACUGUGCGCUUACUACGCCUCCUACGGCUACUUCAGAAACUGGACCGCUACUCACAGUAUAGUGCUGUUGUCCUCACACUGCUCAUGUCCAUGUUUGCCCUGAUAGCACAUUGGAUGGCCUGUAUCUGGUACUUUAUUGGACAGAAGGAAAUUGAAGCCAAUGACCUUUCCACCUGGGAAAUUGGAUGGCUUCAUGAAUUGGCAAAGAGGUUGGGAACUCCAUAUGUUUCCAUUUCUUCAAUGAGUGCCUACAACUCUGUGAACUCCACAAGCCAGGUCACCUCUGUUAACGCCAGCUCUGGAACUAACAGUUCCAGCAUUGAACUGCUCGGUGGUCCCUCAAUCCGAAGCUCCUACAUCACUUCUCUCUACUUUGCACUCAGCAGCCUAACCAGUGUGGGUUUUGGGAAUGUGUCAGCUAACACUGACGCUGAAAAGAUCUUUUCCAUUUGCACCAUGUUAAUAGGAGCUCUCAUGCAUGCUGUAGUAUUUGGAAACGUGACUGCUAUAAUCCAGAGAAUGUAUUCCCGACGGUCCUUGUACCACACCAGGACAAAAGACUUGAAGGAUUUCAUCCGUGUUCAUCGAAUUCCCAAGCAGCUGAAACAGCGAAUGCUGGAAUGUUUCCAGACUACAUGGUCUGUCAAUAAUGGCAUUGAUGCCAAUGAGCUUCUGAAAGAUUUCCCUGAUGAACUGCGAGCGGACAUUGCAAUGCAUCUGAACAAAGAAAUCCUUCAGCUACCUAUAUUUGAAUCAGCUAGCCGUGGGUGCCUUCGAUCCCUCUCUUUAAGCAUCAAGACCUCUUUCUGUGCUCCAGGGGAAUACCUCAUCCGUCAGGGCGAUGCCCUGCAGGCUAUCUACUUUGUCUGCUCAGGUUCCAUGGAGGUCCUGAAGGACAACACAGUGCUGGCUAUUCUAGGUAAAGGCGACUUGAUUGGCUCUGACUUUUUGGCAAAGGACCAAGUGAUUAAGACCAAUGCAAACGUGAAGGCUUUGACCUACUGUGAUCUGCAGUAUAUUAUCCUGAAGGGGCUGAGGGAAGUACUGGAGCUGUACCCUGAAUACGCGCAGAAAUUCAUUGAGGACAUUCAGCAUGACUUGACGUACAACCUGCGAGUGGGGAAUGAUGCCGAUUUGGAAUAUGAACGCAAUGGAGGCCUUAUCCAAAAGCUACCCUCUAUCCUGGAGGAUGAAGAACUUGAAGAUGAUGAGAACACACCCCUGGCUCCCAAUGCAAAUAGUACCACAGGAAUAAUAUCACCCAUCAAAGCAUUUUGUUCACCUAAGAUUAGUAAAUGUUCACUGCCAGUGAAACACUUGUCCAGGCCAGCUACUCCCCCCACAGGCACCUUGAACAACAGCAAUAAAGAUGUUGGCAGAGGCAGACUUUCAAACAGCAAUGGAAGCAAGCCAUCCAAAUUGCAAAUCCCUGCUAUAAACUGUACUGCAGCCCCUGACCUCAGCCCAAGAUAUGGUCCUUUGAACAUAAUAUCACAAAGCACCAGUGGAACAUUUACCCCAGCAAAAAUGUCUCACCUGUCACAGCAGGUCACCCAGCUGAGUAAAGACCUACAAGAUAUGAUGCAGCUCCUGAAACCUUUGUUGACAUCCCACAAGUCCGUGACUCCCUCUCCGGACCCCACCCUGAACCCCGGCCUGGCAGCAACCUACAGCAAUAGCAGUGGACUCGGCAGUGUCAUUCGAUCGCAGGCUCCCUCCACGGCUCCGACUUUCCCCGCUCUGUCGAGACCUGACUUUCAGCAGAGAGGCUCAUGGCCUGAUAGCAGUCCUUAUCCCACAAUAUCAAAUUUGAACAGCACGUCAGGGAAAGUACAGACUGUUCAGGCCUCAUUAUCUCUGGACUCCUUUCUUGUGGAUUCAUCCCGACAUACAGGCCUCGGAGGCUGUGAGCCCCCAGGUCGGAACCAGCCCGUGACGCCGGACAUUAGCCAAUUAACUCAGUUUCUUCAGGAAGACGGAAUGCCCCUUGUGCAGUCACCCGCCAUUGUAUCGGUCAGUUUGCAGCAGGUGGCUGAACAUACUGCCAAGCAAAGUGACUCACCGUUGGUAAAACUCUCUCUGCCAGCAGAUGCUGCCUGCUUACCAGAUAAAGUGGCUGACCUCCUAAAUCCAUACAGCAUAAGGUUAACAAGGGAGCCACAAAGGUCAGAAACAUGCUCUCUUGAAUUGAUAAGGACAUCAGCUGAGGACUCUAGCAGCGAUUCAAUUCAAUUCAUCGAUGAUGAAGGGACAAAUGUAUAA